GGGACCGGGCCUGGCUGCUCAGGGACCCCACCUCGCAGCGCGAGCUUGGCUGGGGGCCCUGGGAGCGCACCGCCGGCUGUGCGAACAGCCUGGCUGCUCCGCAGGGAAGGUGGGAAGCACGCGGGUCGUGGCGGGGCCGAUGGCUGCCUUGCUUCCCAGGCGGGUUCGCGCGCCACACCUCAGUUUCCUGAGCUUAGGAAGGAGAGAUGCGGCUGGGGCGCUCAGUCUUCCCGGCUCCGGCCGGGGCCGCCCGUGUGGGAGGCUGAGCGCCACCAGCGGGAGAGGCUCGGGGAUGCACAUCCCUGCGAUGUCCCCAAUGCACAGCUUGACUUCGAGCCGUGGCAGUACGGAUUUGUGAAUCACGCCCUGGAGCUGCUGGUGAUCCGCAAUUACGGGCCCGAGGUGUGGGAAGACAUCAAAAAAGAGGCACAGUUAGAUGAAGAAGGACAAUUUCUUGUCAGAAUAAUAUAUGAUGAUUCCAAAACGUAUGAUUUGGUUGCUGCUGCAAGCAAAGUUCUCAAUCUAAAUGCUGGAGAAAUCCUUCAGAUGUUUGGGAAAAUGUUUUUUGUCUUUUGUCAAGAAUCUGGUUAUGAUACAAUCUUACGCGUCCUGGGAUCUAAUGUCAGAGAAUUUCUGCAGAAUCUUGAUGCUCUGCACGACCACCUUGCUACUAUCUACCCAGGUAUGCGUGCACCUUCCUUUAGGUGCACUGAUGCAGAAAAAGGCAAAGGGCUCAUUCUGCAUUACUAUUCGGAGAGAGAAGGCCUUCAGGAUAUUGUCAUUGGAAUCAUCAAAACGGUAGCUCAGCAAAUACAUGGCACUGAAAUAGACAUGAAGGUUAUUCAGCAAAGAAAUGAAGAAUGUGAUCAUACCCAAUUUUUAAUUGAAGAAAAAGAGUCAAAAGAAGAGGAUUUUUAUGAAGACCUUGACAGAUUUGAAGAAAAUGGUACCCAGGAAUCACGCAUCAGCCCGUAUACCUUCUGCAAAGCUUUUCCUUUUCACAUAAUAUUUGAUCAGGACCUAGUGGUCACUCAAUGUGGCAAUGCCAUAUACAGAGUGCUUCCCCAGCUCCAGCCUGGGAAUUGCAGCCUUCUGUCUGUCUUCUCUCUGGUUCGCCCACAUAUUGAUAUUAGUUUCCACGGGAUCCUUUCACACAUCAAUACAGUUUUUGUCCUGAGAAGCAAGGAAGGACUAUUGGAUGUAGAGAAGUUAGAAUGUGAGGAUGAACUGACUGGUACUGAGAUCAGCUGCUUACGUCUGAAGGGUCAGAUGAUCUACUUACCUGAGGCAGACAGCAUACUUUUUCUGUGUUCACCCAGUGUGAUGAAUCUAGAUGAUUUGACAAGGAGAGGGCUGUAUCUGAGUGACAUCCCUCUACACGAUGCCACACGUGAUCUUGUUCUUUUGGGAGAACAAUUCAGAGAGGAAUACAAACUGACCCAAGAAUUGGAAAUCCUCACAGAUCGGCUGCAGCUGACACUGAGAGCCCUGGAAGAUGAAAAGAAGAAGACAGACACAUUGCUGUAUUCUGUCCUCCCUCCCUCCGUUGCCAAUGAGCUACGACAUAAGCGUCCGGUCCCUGCCAAGAGGUAUGACAAUGUGACCAUCCUCUUCAGUGGCAUCGUGGGCUUCAACGCUUUCUGUAGCAAGCAUGCAUCCGGAGAGGGGGCCAUGAAGAUUGUCAACCUUCUCAACGACCUCUACACCAGAUUCGACACGCUGACUGAUUCUCGGAAAAAUCCUUUUGUUUACAAGGUGGAGACUGUUGGUGACAAAUAUAUGACAGUGAGUGGUUUACCAGAGCCUUGCAUUCACCAUGCACGAUCCAUCUGCCACCUGGCCUUGGACAUGAUGGAAAUUGCUGGCCAGGUUCAAGUAGAUGGUGAAUCUGUUCAGAUAACAAUAGGGAUACACACAGGAGAGGUCGUCACAGGUGUCAUAGGACAGCGGAUGCCUCGAUAUUGUCUUUUUGGAAAUACUGUCAACCUCACAAGCAGAACGGAAACCACAGGAGAAAAGGGAAAAAUAAAUGUGUCUGAAUAUACCUACAGAUGUCUUAUGUCUCCAGAAAAUUCAGAUCCACAAUUCCACUUGGAGCACAGAGGCCCAGUGUCCAUGAAGGGCAAAAAGGAACCAAUGCAAGUUUGGUUUCUGUCCAGAAAAAAUACAGGAACAGAGGACAUAAAGCAGGAUGAUAACUAAAUUUGAGAUCUUGGGAUGAAGAGGACCGCAGAUUAGGUUCCAGCGAUCUCCUAACACACCGAGGCCUGGAGAAAUUCUUCCCUCUGGAUACAGAUUUUCCUUUGUUCUUGUCGAUUAUCCUGAGCGUUCUUCCUAGCCAUAUUUCUUGCUAUUCAUUAUUCAACUUUAGCUCUGCUUAUGAUUAUUUUUAAGGUUUUAGUAUAUUAGCUAACGUUUGCCUUUUGAUGUGGAGGAUGUGAGCUUUGUGUGUCUUAAAAUCUCCUACAAGCAUUACCUGACGUGGUCAUCCACAAGUAGUAGGCUCCCAGUAACUAUUUGUUGAAUUUAAUUAAAUGAAACUGAGCAGUAUUUGGCCAUGUGUAUAUAUAUCAUGAUACACCAAAUCUUUCCGUGCUCCAUAUAUAUGUACAUAUAUAUUCUAAUGACUAUAAUAUGUAACAAAGUUUAUAUCAUGUGAGUGUAUGAUAUAAACUGGCUCCUUCCUUUCAUUGUAGAAAUCAUUUUCUAAAGGAGGAAAUCCUAAGUUGUAGGGGGAAAAGGCAAUUUAUUUUCAGAAUCCCAAAAUAAAAUUAAUAUCCAAUGCUACAAAAGUUGUGACUAUUUUGAAGUAUGCUAAUUUCCCUUUGGACAUACAGAAUACAUGUUUCUGUUGUUUAAGUAUUUGGUUGCUCAUUCAAAUCAUGUGGCAAUUAUACUUCUUCUGAAAUGGUCUCAUUUUUAUUGUAUCCCUUGUAUUAAAUCUCGUUAACCACACGCAGCUGUCACACAAAGCUGUGUUCUUUCGCACUGAGCUGUCCCAUCAGCCUGUGCUAAGUGUUAUGGCCAUAUCCAAGAAUAAAGCUGGAAACACACUGCUGGGAUACUUCUGUUAGAAACAUUCUGGCCUUUUAUUUCCAGAAAUGGGCUUUCUUUUCUUAGCUUAGAAGAACGUGAUUAUAUCCAGGACAUCAUGUUCAGAAGAAUUAGUUUAAUUUCAACAUUGAGUGCAUUAGUAUUAGAAUAAUUGGCCUUUUGUUCUGAAGUGUAUCUGAUAAUUUAUUAAUAUACCUUUAUAAGAGAGAGCACAACUACUUUUGUGUAAAAAUGUUUGUCUUUAAACUGAAUAUUCCCUAUCAGCACUUCAAUAUAUGUAUAAAUGUUCCAUGUUAAUGUGUAAAAGAAUUGGCAAUAAAUUAUUUUUCCAUUUGUCUCUAUACAGCUUUUCUUUCAAUAAAAGAAUUAACA